CAAACCGACGGUCAGUCUGAGAGGGUUAUACAAGUUUUGGAGGAUAUGUUACGAGCUUGUGUUUUAGAAUUUCAAGGGAGCUAGGAGAAACAUUUGUCUCUAGUAGAAUUUGCAUAUAACAAUAGUUAUCAGGCAAGUAUAGGUGUGGCACCGUACGAGGCACUAUACGGGAGGAAAUGUCGAUCGCCGAUAUGUUGGACUGAAGUGGGGGAGAGGAGACUAGAAAGACCGGCUAUUGCUGACGAAACUACCGAAAGGAUUUGAGUAAUUCAAGAAAUAUUGGAAGCGGCGCAAAGUCGGCAAAAGAGUUACGUAGAUUCGAAGAGGAGACCGUUGAAGUUUGAAGUUGGGGACUUUGUGUUUUUGAAAGCAUCGCCAAUGAAGGGAGUGAAACGGUUUGGAAAAAGGGGAAAGUUGCAGCCAAGGUAUGUUGGGUCGUUUGAGGUUUUAGAGAAGAUUGGGGAAGUAAGUUACCGUUUAGCAUUACCACCGGAGCUAUCCUAUGUUCACGAAGUCUUCCAUGUAUCUAUGUUGCAACGGUAUUUGCCUAAUUUCGAUGAGAAACUGCUUGUAACGACUCCUACUGAACUUCGGGAGAAUCUCAGCUACAUAGUAAAGCCGGAGAAAAUCGUUGACUGGAAGAACAAGGUUCUUAGGAACAAAGUGAUACCGUUAGUUAAAGUGUGGUGGACUAAUCAACGUGGGGGAGAAGCGACAUGGGAAACAGAGGAGGACGUGCGAAAGAAAUAUCCGUAUCUCUUCCCAAUACAAGGAAGCGACACGUAGGGUGGCGUGGUGUUUUACUUUUGGGAUGUGUUGUAUUUCUUUUUGAAAACUUGUAUAGAGGAAAUUAUGCUUGUGGACAC